GGAAAUGAAAGAUUCACUGGUUUUAGACCUAGCGAUUCCAUGUUGCUGGUAAGGGGAAACGAUAAAACGAGCUGAAGAUGCACAUGUCCGAAUAGUUCAAUCAAUAAUUGAAAAAUGUAUGAAAAAGGAAUCUUUGUUAAAUGAACUUUAUUUACAAUUGAUUAAACAGACAACGGAUCAUCCAGAUGCUAAUUCAAGAGUAAAUUUAAAGAACUGGGCCCUUUUAUCUGUUGUAUGCAGUGUAAUAUUGCCUUCAACGAAGUCUAUUCGAAAGUACCUAAUUGCUCAUUUAAAAAGAUGCUCGAGUGACAUCUUAUCUGAAGAGGGUAAAUACGCAAGAUUUGCGGAAAACUGUUUUUUUAGAACCCAAGGGACAAGGCGCCGUCAGUGGACCCCAAGCGGUCAGGAAAUUUUGUGUACAACUAAUCGCAGACCAUGUUAUUCAAAAUUUUAUUUUAUGGACGGACAGUAUUAUUCAAUUGAAUUUCAACCAAGCUCUACAACCCAUGAAGUAUUGGAAAUUAUAAAAAAAAAAAUCGGAUUACAUGAUAAAUCCAAAGGAUAUUCCAUUUAUGAAGUAAUCGGAAGCUCGGAAAGAAGUCUUUUAUUGGACGAAAAAAUAUGCGAUGUAAUGGCUAAAUGGGAAAGGUAUCAGACGACGUCACAACUUGGAACUCAGGUAAAUACUGGAGCGAUUUCACAACAGCAACAGUACAUGUUUCUGUUUAAGAAACAUUUAUUUUUUGAUAACUAUAUUAAUUUGGAUGAUACUGUUGAAAAGGAGCUUUUAUACCAUCAAACUAUGCACAACUUAAGAAGUGAAAGAUAUCCAAUAACUGAAAUGGAAGCCAUAAUGUUAACUGCUCUUCAGAGUCAACUUGAGCUUGGCGACUUUAGUCAAAUAUUGACUGAUUACAGGCUUAUCGCAAGCCAUUGCUUGCCGCCAAGAUUUGUACCAAAUAUCCCACAUGAAGCUGUCGCAAUGCAUCAUCAAAGUCUUCGAGGAAUGUUACCAACAGAGGCUAAAAAGGCCUUUCUCAAUUUAAUACAAAGUUGGCCUCUUCAUCGUGCAACCAUCUUCGAUGUUAUGCAGCCGGAGGAGCAUCCGCCCAAGUCUAGCCUUAUUCCCGACCAAGGAACGGAGACUGCAGGCGGCUAA